CAGCGACCUCAUCGAUAUCUGAGUCUUCACCAGCACAUCGAGAGAGACGGAGAGAGAAGCAGCUGACAGGACGACUCAGGAGAAAGCAAAGAUGCAGUGGAGUCUGUUUGUGUUCAUUCUGAUGGGUCAGUGUUCCUUCUUCACAUGUCACCUCUAUGAGUACCACUUCAUUCAAGACGAAAAGUCCUGGGAUGAAGCCAAGAAGUAUUGCAGAGAGAAAUACACUGACCUGGCCACAGUGUCUGACAUGAGAGACAUGAAGAGACUGACUAAACCUUCAAAGACUACAGAAGCCUGGAUUGGACUGCACAGCAUACCAAGAACCGAGAGGUCGUGGCACUGGUCUCUGCCGGGGCUGGAGUUCAAAGAAUCUGAGACAGAAUGGAUGGACGGUCAGCCGAAUAUCAACGCUGAGGAGAACUGUGUGGUGAUAAGAGAUCAAAAAUGGCAGGAUUACACUUGUAAUGUUAAAUUUGAGUUCAUCUGCUACAAUGAACCAAAGAAAACAUACCACUGUAAAAAUGCGGCCAAGAACUGGCUUCAGGCUCAGAGCUACUGCAGAAAACAUCACACUGACCUGGUCAGUGGAAUCACACAGAUCAAUUCAACAGAAUUCAAGGAUCAGGUUGACGAAUGCAAGGGAAAAAUCAAAGGACCGUCAAAUCCAAAUAAGAACUUGUGGAUCGGCCUGUUCAGAGAGAUCUGGGGUUGGUCAGAUGGGAAGAAUUUCUCUUUCAGACACUGGGAGGACUCAUUUGAAGAUGUAGCCUCAAAAAAAUGUGCUAUGACUAAGCCAAAUGGAAAAUGGAGCUCCGACACCUGCACAGUUAAAAAACCCUUCUACUGCUAUGAGGACAAAGUGAUCCUGAUCAAAGAGAAUAAGACUUGGGAUGAGGCCUUGGAUCACUGCAGAGAGAACCACGAUGACCUGGUCUCCAUCACUGACAGUCACCAGCAGAGAUGGGUCCAAGAGACAGCCAAGAUGGCCGACACUGAGUUCGUCUGGCUGGGAAUGCGCUUCACCUGCACUCUGGAUCUGUGGUUCUGGGUCAGUGAUCGUCUGGUCUGCUAUCACAACUGGGCCCCAGACGAAAUGGCUGAGUGUGGCAUGGCUGGAGUCAUGAAGAGAGAUGGAGAGUGGUACAAAAAGGCUGACAGUGAAACGUUUAAUUUCAUCUGCGUUAAGUAAACCCAUUGGUAUAUUUACUGCAACAAGCUCACUCUUCUCUAAUAUGUGUCUGCUCUCUGGGUUUAUUGAAUGGCUCUAGUUCAAAUAUUGAAAUCACAACCUGAAGAGGGGAGAAACUAAAUUACUAACAGAUUACUAACUGAGGAUUAGAAAUUGAGAAAAAGGGGCGACACUAAAUUUAACAUGUUUUUGUCUCUGUGAACAUCUGAAUUACUUGAUAUGUUUUUGUUGUAGUAGUUAUUGAUAUAAUGCAUGUAUAUUUAUCCUCUUAAAGUGUGGAACCUAUAAUCUUCAUUUGAAUUGUUGUUGUGUCCUAUUAUAUGUUUAUGAGAAAAAAUAUAUAAAAAGACAAAUCUAUAAUGUUUUGCUUUUCAUAAAAUAUUUUACGUUUUGGUUGAAAUGUGGUGAUAGUUAUAAUAUGUGUAUCACUAUUUUUGUCAUAUUUACCUUAAUGGAGUUUUAACUGGAUGUUUAACUGUCUAAAGCUGAAUAAACGAUCU